GGGACAAGUUGUUUUCCGAAGGGCCCCCAUCCAUCUCCACCACCGCUCACCGUGUUAACAUCGCUCGUCUACUAUCCACGCUCAUAUCUGAAUCACCGCUCCUAAUAGACUAUAGCGCUAGCACGAGAUUUGGCUCCGCCCCCUGAUUCCCGCCUAUCGGAAAUCCGAGCGAAACAAUGGAAGAUCAACAGAUCCUUCUCCAAGAUGCCCUCACCAUUGUCCGGCAACAGACGGCUUUGAUGCGAAAAUGCUUGGAGACGCCUGGGAAGCUGAUGGAUGCUCUGAAGUGCAGCUCUACACUGGUAUCGGAACUUCGAACGAGCUCGUUGGGACCUAAACAAUAUUACGAGCUUUACAUGGCUGUCUUUGAUGCUUUGAGGCAUCUUUCUCUCUAUUUAAGGGAGAGCCACCCGGUGAAUCAUCUGGCAGAUUUGUAUGAGCUAGUGCAGUAUGCAGGAAAUAUUGUUCCACGGUUGUACCUUAUGAUUACGGUCGGGACUGUGUACAUGUCUAUCGAGGAUGCACCGGUCAAAGAGAUUAUGAAAGAUAUGAUGGAGAUGAGUCGUGGGGUUCAACACCCUAUAAGGGGAUUGUUUUUGAGAUAUUACCUGUCUGGUCAAUCACGAGAUUACUUACCUACGGGGAACGGUGAAGGCCCCGAAGGUAACUUCCAAGAUUCGAUCUCCUUCAUAAUUACCAACUUCAUCGAGAUGAACAAGCUAUGGGUCCGGUUGCAGCAUCAAGGUCACUCGCGGGAACGUGAGAAGAGAACACAGGAGAGGAAGGAGCUUCAAUUACUGGUGGGGAGCAAUUUGGUUAGAUUGAGUCAACUUGUCGAUCUUGAGACAUACAAGAAUAUCAUCCUAGCCCCGUUAUUGGAACAGGUAGUCCAAUGCCGUGAUGUAUUGGCGCAAGAGUAUCUCCUUGAAGUAAUAACGCAGGUUUUCCCGGAUGAAUUUCAUCUUCACACCCUUGACCAAUUCCUUUCUGCUACUGCCAGACUUAACCCGAAUGUAAAUGUCAAGGCUAUAGUGAUUGGCAUUAUGGAUCGACUCUCAGCCUAUGCUGCUCGUGAGGCCGAAGGUAUUCCGGAGGAUGUAAAGCUGUACGAGAUUUUCUUCAAACAGGUGUUAAAUCUGGUCAAUGCCCAAAAUCUUCCAAUUCAGGACAUAAUCGCCCUCUUGGUAUCGCUAGCCAAUCUGGCAUUGAAUAUUUAUCCAGACCGAUUAGGUAUUUCAGUCCUUUCUGAGCAAUCGUAUACCCACAAAAAGGUGUCAGAAAUGGCCAACAGCGCAGAUUUACACUCACCACAGUGUCAACAAUAUAUACUAAACCUCAUGCUUGCCCCUGUCAAAUCAUAUGCAUCCCUUUUCACAGUGCUUGCCUUGCCAAGCUACCUCCCCCUUUUGCACACACAAUCAUACCCAACUCGCAGAUCUGUAGCAGGAGUUGUUGCGCAGAACAUUUUGAAGAACCAAACCAAGAUCUCCACCCCAGAGCAUGCAGAAGGCAUAUUCGAGUUGCUGCGCGUAUUGAUUCGGGAAGGAGCACAACAACAAGCAGGAUAUCCUGGAGCACAAGCACCUAGGAAGAGUAGGGACAUUGAGACAGACGAAACAGUUGAGGAGCAAGGUCGGCUGGCAAGGAUAGUACACUUAUUAUGUAGUGACAAUAAUGAUACCCAAUUCAAGCUCCUGCAAACAGCUCGGAAAGCGUUCAAAGAGGGUGGCGAUAGGAUAAGAUAUACAACCCCGGCUCUAAUUACCUCCGGAAUCAAACUUGCCCGGCGUUACAAGCUCCGCGAGCAUUAUGACAAUGAGUGGCAAACCAUGAGCGCAGCUCUUUAUAAAUUCUUGCACCAGACUGUCACCUCGAUAUAUCGGGUUGGUGUGCCGGAUUUGUGUCUUCGGCUUUUCCUUUUCUGCGGUCAAGUAUCAGAUCAGACGGAAUUCGAAGAAGUCGCAUAUGAGUUUUUUGCACAAGCUUUUACCGUAUACGAAGAAGCAAUCUCGGACUCUCGGGCCCAGUUCCAGGCUGUGUGUGUCAUCGCUAAUGCGUUGCACUCGACCCGAAACUUUUCAAAAGAAAAUUACGAUACCCUGAUCACUAAAUGUGCGCAAUAUGGUAGCAAGCUUCUCAAGAAGCCGGACCAGUGUCGUGCGGUGUACCUGGCAUCACAUCUUUGGUGGGCUGUCGAAAUACCAGCCAGAAGUGAGGAUGAAAGGUCACCGUUGUACAGGGAUGGAAAGAGGGUUCUUGAAUGCCUUCAGCGCGCACUAAGGGUAGCGGAUGCAUGCAUGGACACCGCAGUCAGCGUGGAGCUUUUCGUGGAGAUUCUGAAUAGAUACGUAUACUAUUUUGAUCGCCAAAACGAGGCUGUUACGGUCAAGUACCUCAACGGGCUUAUAGAACUGAUUCAGUCCAACCUCAGCUCCAAUGAUAGCUCCACCACCGAGACACCAAGAAAGCACUUUGAGAGAACCCUGGACUAUAUUGCAUCUAGGGACUUUGCUGGUGUAGUUUUGGACCCAAAGUAGAAUACCGGGAGGACGAGGAUGUAGUUUUCAUGUUUGCGAUUCCUUUCAGGAGGUGGUGGUUGGGAUAAAAGAAGGGUUUUCAUGCCGGAGAAUUAAUUUGUGUUGUGGUUGUUGUGAUGGAUGAGAUAUGAUGUGCGUUCUUUUAUUGUAGGUUAGACUCGACAAAAUCCAAAGUG